AUGACGCAGUCUGGCACUUACAAACUUUAUGUGCUAAGACAUGGCCAAAGUGAGUUAAAUCAUGAGAAUAUAUUCUGCGGAUGGAUUGAUGCAAAUUUGACAGAAAAGGGCCGACAUCAGGCCAAAAAUUCGGCUAUUUUGAUCAAGGAGCACUGCCGUAACAAUUCGCUACAUCUGCCCAGACUAGGGUACUGCUCGAGGUUGGUGAGAACGAAACAGACCACGGAGGUGAUGCUGCAUACGUUUGGCAUCAAAAAUGCGAUAUUUCAUAUCGCCAGCUGUGGUGAACCUAUCAAGGACGUCUCUAAAGAACUAUCGCAACACGAGGCAGUCGUGUACAAGAGCUGGCGAUUAAACGAGCGUCAUUAUGGCGCCUGGCAAGGCCAACGGAAACCUGACAUUCUGAAGGAAUAUGGGAAAAAAGAAUUUAUGUUUAUCAGAAGAGACUACAAUGGCAGACCACCCGCCGCAGACCUGAGUCGCGAAAUGGUCCAAGAGGUCGACGAUAAGGGUUCAUUGACGGGUUACGACUUCAAAGAGCCCAAUCGCCACAUCAAAUACAGGCCCGAGGAGCACGCAAACGAAGUUUUACCCAGCAAUGAAUCACUGUGUGACGUGGUAAGCCGUCUGGAGGGUUUUUUGAGAGGCUCAAUCUUGGUACAUCUCAACGAUCAGAACCCUUCAGCAUUGGUGGUGGCGCACGGUAGCUCUGUGCGUUCUAUUUUGAAGAUUCUAGAAAAAAUAUCGGAUAAUGACAUCAAAGACGUUGAAAUCCCAAAUGCCAUCCCCAUUGUUAUUGAACUCGAUAAAGAAACCAAACAAUUUGUGCGCAGGUACUAUUUGGAUCCUGAACUCGCCAAGAUCAACGCUGACCGCGUCCGUAACGAGGGCUUCCCGAAGCAAAACUGA